CAAUGAACCCAGAAAUUUUAGCAAUGAUUGUGACAAUGAACGGAUGAUGAUCGCGGGGUCAAAGUUGACGCGCAUUUGACGUCCGACCCACCGGAGGAGAAGAGAGGAGCAGCCGCUCGUUGUGGUAUUAACAACAGGAGGGGAUCCCGGUGCGUGUGUCCGUGUCUCUGUGCGUUUCUGUGAGCCUCUGUCAUCCAAGCCGAGCGGCAGUGAGGAGCGGAGGGGGCGACCAGGCUAGCCUAUAAGCCGAUCAAGGCGGAAUCGCACACAACGAGUUUGACGUCUGGGAUUUUCUGCGCAUCUACGCGCUGUGACGGUGUGAACGAGGUGCAAGGAUGAUGCGUCUAGCGUGUUGCACGGCCCUGCUGUUCGUGCUGAGGCUGCUGGUGGGCUUGCCCUGGUACCAGGUUCUCCCCGCCAUCCUGAUCUUCUACCUGGGAAGCGGAGGAUGGAGCUUCUUGCAGAUCUUUGCCCGAACAGUUGGCAGAGACUUACAUGCGGCAUUUGUGCUGCUGCGGGUGAAGAUGAAUGUCAGACGACACCUCAGAGAGAAGAACACUAUUCCCAAGAUCUUUGCUGAGACGGUCCACCGCUACGGGGACAAAACGGCGCUGAUCUUCGAGGGCACUGGCGAGAGGUGGACCUUCCGACAGCUGGAUGAGUACUCCAACCGAGUGGCUAACCUGCUGCUGAAACGGGGUUUCAAGGACGGCGAUGUGGUGGCCAUUUUCAUGGACAACAGGUCCCAGUACGUGGGCCUCUGGCUGGGCAUGGCCAAGAUCGGAGUAGAGGCCGCUCUUAUCAACUUUAAUCUGAGACUAGAGGCCCUGGUCCACUGUGUCACCAUCUCCAAUGCCAAGGCUGUGGUGUUUGGCUCGGAGCUGACUGAUGCGAUAUGUGAGGUCCACAGUUCAAUGGGGACGGCAGUGCAGAUGUUUUGUUGUGGAGACUGGGACCCCAAACGAGUUCCAAAGGGAACUGAGUGCCUAGAACCCCUGCUGGAUGCUGCCCCGUCUCAUCAGCCAAACCCGCCACAACGCAGCUUCACAGAUCGCCUGUUCUACAUCUACACGUCAGGAACCACUGGGAUGCCUAAAGCUGCUAUUGUUGUGCACAGCAGGUACUACCGCAUGGCAGCCUUGGUAUAUUAUGGCUUUAGGAUGACGUCCGAUGAUGUGUUGUAUGAUUGCCUUCCACUCUACCACUCUGCAGGUAACAUUGUGGGAGUGGGCCAGUGUAUAAUACACGGCAUGACUGUCGUAAUCAGAAAGAAGUUCUCUGCCUCGCGUUUCUGGGAUGACUGUGUCAAAUACAACUGCACCAUCGUGCAGUAUAUCGGUGAGAUCUGCAGAUACCUGCUGAACCAGCCGGUUCGCCACACAGAGCAACAGCAUCGGGUGCGCAUGGCGCUGGGCAACGGCCUGCGUCAGUCCAUAUGGGAGGAGUUCAUGAAACGCUUCAACAUCCCGCAGAUCGCGGAGUUCUACGGAGCCACAGAGUGCAACUGCAGCCUUGGCAACUUCGACAACAAGGUUGGAGCGUGUGGCUUCAACAGCCAGAUUCUCCCCUUCAUCUACCCCAUCAGACUGGUGAGGGUUGAUGAGGAGACUAUGGAGCUCAUUAGGGGACCUGAUGGCGUCUGUAUUCCCUGUAAACCCGGCGAGCCUGGCCAGCUUGUUGGAAGGAUCAUUCAGAACGACCCUCUUCGCAGGUUUGAUGGUUAUGUCAACCAAUCAGCAACCAGCAAGAAGAUUGCUCAUAGUGUCUUCAAGAAGGGAGACAGUGCCUAUCUCUCUGGUGAUGUGUUGAUCAUGGAUGAGAACGGCCACAUGUACUUCAAGGACCGCACAGGGGACACUUUCCGCUGGAAAGGAGAGAACGUCUCCACGACUGAGGUGGAGGGAACUCUCAGCAGGCUGUUAGACAUGAAAGAUGUAGUAGUUUAUGGAGUGGAGGUACCAGGAGCAGAGGGAAAGGCUGGAAUGGCAGCCAUCGCUGAUCCGUCUCACUCCACUGACCUGGAGAAGUUUGCGAAGGACAUGGAGAAGGCGCUUCCUCCGUACGCCAGACCUGUGUUUCUCCGCUUCCUUCCGGAGGUCAACAAGACAGGAACGUUUAAGUUUCAGAAGACGGAUCUGCGUCGGGACGGCUUUGACCCCAGCGCAGUGUCAGACAGACUGUACUUCCUGGAUUCCAGCAGAGGGCGCUAUACACAGCUGGACGAGGAGCUUCACCGCUCCAUACUGUCAGGGAAACACAAAUUGUGAUGAGCAGGCUGACCACUACAUGUACACAGACACACACACGCACACACACACACAGGCACACACACACAUACAUGUACACACAUACAGAUACAGAAAAGAAGACAAUGUUGUGUGACCAGGAUAGCAGAAUGCAGGACCUUGUCCCCGUAUACACAAAUGCAUAUAAAGUAAUAGCCAUACACACUCCAAUGCAUCCAGACCCAAAUGCCAACACAUGCACACAUUGUAUUCCCAAAACCACUUUGCUCUCUGAAAUCCCUAAAACAGACUUAUGCACGCCACACACACACACACACACACACACACACACACACACACGGCACAACUCCAUCCAUCCCUCCUGCGAUCUCCCCGGCAACUCCUCUCGCUACCUCAGCAAACACAGAGAGGCACAAACCCAGCAACCAGGUCUAUUUGGAAACUUGAAAGCACCCUUCAUCGCCACACAAGCCCUGCCCACACAGGUCUCUCAAACAACCACGCCUGUCCAUCCUGGUCCGUCAAGCCAGAUGUGUCGCUGGGGGACACAACUGGGUGGGACACGGAGAACAGGCUGCCUGGCAUCCAGAAUGCAAAAACUUGAAUACCUACAGAUAACCACAGACUUCAAGGAUGCUGAGAGGGAGCAUGGAUUCAGUACAAAGAGGUGCGUGGGACAGAGGAGGGACUCAUGAGGACCUAAACCGUCUUUCGGUUCGUUGUUUCGUCAGCAAGGCCGUUCUGUGAAAGACUGGUGCCUCUACCGUAGACUUCACCUGCACAAUUAGCCAGCAGUGACAAACCUGUGUGACAACUCCAGCCUUCCUCUAUCUGAGGUUCAGCAUUUGCUUGACCUCUCCGGUCUCCUUGUCUCCAUUUCCGUCCUUGUGAUGAAAAUGAAGAAAGGACGCCAACGUUUUUGUUUUGUUUUGUUUUUGAAAAGGGAACAACAGAAGGCUGUGAGGGAUUUUGGAAAGCCUUUCACGUGACGCCCACAGUUCCAGAAGUUAGAUUAGUCCAGUGGUUGAAGCUGAAAGAUUCACUCAAGUGCAAUAGGGCUCCAGCGUUGCAGUGCAAUAAUCAGCCGCACCACACGAGCGCUGAUAUAAAACAAAGCUUUGUAUUUAAAUAUGUCUGCAUCACACCAAAUAUAUUUAAGUUGUAGUUGUUUUUUUUUACCUAUUUAAGAAAAAUAUGAAGGUUUUAGUAAUUUAUGUUGUUGUAAAAGCUUUCUCUUUUUGUCAUAGUGCAAAUGUAUCAGGUUGAUUUUGCUUUAUGUGUGUUCAAACCCAUGCUUCAGCAACUCUCUCGAGUCCUGAAAAAUGAAGCUGCAGUUUGCAUUUUAUAUCAGCUGCUGGAACACAAAGUCAAGUGAUCUGACUGAUUCAACCCUGGGCUAAACACAUGGGGCGAUUUCCAUCCACAGGAGUUGUCCCCAUACUGGCACGCAGUGUGUUUGUGCGGCUGUAUUGUGCAGGUUUUGUCCUAAGAGGUAGACUUUGUCUGUCCUAUGGUUAGUGUGUGUGUGUGUAUAUUCUUUUAAAACAUGCGAAGAGGACUUGACUGAAGAAAUAGAAGCACCAAAUCUAUCGGCGAGGACUUCUGUUUUCAACAAUAUUCUGGUGCUGAAUAGGGAUUUUCUGCCAGGUUCAAGAGAGUCGAAAGAUCCAAAGAUUCAAAGGCGGGAGUCGGGACAUUGUUGCAGAGGGGGCGCGUCGAAAUAGAACGGUAGAGGAAGAGAAAAUAUGCUUUGUCAUCGAUGUUUUGUCUGUUGUUUGCGGUAGCCGUCGUCAGAGGUUGUAGCACCAUGAAUGAGCAUCAUCAACCACAAGCAGAGCACUGUGCCUUACUGUGAGUUCACCUCCCAGAUUCACAGGCCCUGGCCCGCACAUAGCCUCUCAUAUGGUUCCCUAUGUCGUUCCGCUUCUACCUACCAGAAUCUGUCUCUAAGUUUCCUGGCGUAGUAGCCUGGCAAAGAUGGCCUAAAUCCUGGGAGCUCAUAUUUUAUAAAAUCAUCUGCUAAGAAUCCUUAGCAGCCCAGCGACUGGCACCUUCAUCCUGCCAGGUGCAGGAAGAGCUUGUGUUGACUUCUCGCUGGAUGAAAGUCCAAAAUUUUGCAAGGCUGCUGUCAGAGCAUUUUCAAGGACUUUAUCCUCCUUACUUCCUGUCCUUUGGGUCUCCUCCGGUCUUUCCUUAGUCCGCACUGUAACCUUAAUUUGUCUUUUAGCUGUCUUACUUUUCUGUUUCUUGGGUUGUCUUAGAGAUAUUGUUCUCCCAAGUUUCCAUACGCUCAGCACCUUUACACCAAGCCUUUAUCAUCUUUCUGCCAAGCACCCCAAUCCUUUCCCCUGAUCCACCUCUAACUUCUUCCCCCUCUCUCUCUGUCCAUGGCCCUCCAUCCCUCUGAGCUGGCACCUGUGUUUGGUCCUCUCUGUCUCCGUCAGGUACCGAGCCUCAUUCUCUGCCAUGUCUGCGUCAUCUCGCUGUGCUCGCAUUGAUUCAGACAUUUGAAUUUAGAUAUUUCCUAAUUGGAGUUUUGAUUAGUGUUUGAUGGAGGGUUUUUUUGUUGUCUGCUUUUGUUCUGGAGGUCUGGUGAAUCAAAGCUCCACCUACACACUCAAAACUGUUUUCAGGUGUCUUUUGCAGGUGUGUGUUGUGUGUAGUCUGCCACUGACCCUGUGACUUUUUGUCUUACCUUUGCAACUGACCACAUCCCGAGUCACCUGCAGUGCAGCACAGCCAAGCUGGCCGUCACCAGCAUCGGCUGUGUGGCGAGUCAUGUGGAGACUGGCUGCUGUGCGGAAGACUCAUUAUUCUUCACGAGCUUUAGGCUGCUUUGUUUUCUGUCUGAGUCUCUACGUUCAAAUGGCUUUUCUUAGUUCAUACUUUGUACUGACUGACUGACACAGUUGACCUUGACGGCUGCAGUCUGCUGACAGUGAUCGUCAAAGUCAGUUUCCUUGUUUGUUUCCCCUGUGGUCUUCGGUUCAAAGAGUGUCUCCCUCACUUGUAUUUAUUCUUUAAUGAUGAGUGUGAAAUGUUCUCAUGAAUGUCUGAAAAAGCAAAUGAGUGAUGACCAAUGAUGACGACGAUGUCGUGAAGUAAAAUGUGAUUUGCGUAUCCAAGGGAACAGUCUGGCUGUUAUGAUGCUUGUGACUGAGGGUCGAGCUCGUCACCCCUGACUGAACAGCCUCACAGCUGAUCACUCUGAAUAAGAUGUUUCCAUUUUUCACUUUUUAAAAAAAAAAUGAUUUUAAAUGAUUAUUUUCAAAGGAACUGUUAAAUUAUAUUUGAUUGUUUCACUGUUAAAUGUGUUUGCUUUUGUUUCCUCUGCGUAAAAUCAUAGCUUUGUGAUUUUGGUUUAAAAAAAACAGGAUUCGUGCUUGAGUGUAUGACAAUCGACUGGCGGUUGUUUCUUUGUUUUGUUUUAUUUUUCUACCUUUUAUAAAAGGCACUAGGAACAGCCAGGGAGCAACCUUUUCUGGGUAACAGUGGUUGUACAUGUUGACCAGGAGCCACCUUAUAGAAAUUGUUUUUGAAAAGCAGCUGGCAAACCAGAUAAGUCAGGUGGAAAACCUAAAAACCACUGAAGGCCAGCAGGGACCUCUGUGUCCGUGGGACAGUGUGUGUUGAGGUUUGGAGACACCUGUUUGACCAGAGGAGGGCACUGUGUGACCAUCAUUUUAUCAUGCAGCCUCUGGAUGACUAAUGAAAGGAUCUAAUAACUGCAGCUGCUGUAGGAAUUUAUUGGUUAAAAACGAAACAUUACAUUAUCUAUGUGGGAUACUUUCCUCGGUCUGUAAACCAAAUUUGAAACCAAUUUUAAUGUUUCACUUGGCCUGUGGAUAAUAACGGCUAAAAUUACUUGUUUAAAACAGGUUUCCAUUUAAGAGACAAAUUGCAAUUCUUCCUGCUCUGCAUAUUUUUGCAUUGUUAUUUGACUGACUAAACCGAUUUAAUGCCAGCACCUGAUACACAUAGACUGACGUGUGAGUCCACGGCGACUGAUGUCUAUUUAAGUUUUGUCAAAUUGAGUCCUCCCAGCUCAUCAAGAGAUCAGUCAAGAUCAUUUGAUUGAAAAAGUGCCGCAAAAAAUGACCAUUCACCUUUAAGAUCAUUAGGAGAUCAUUGCGCGCCAGGCAGGACGUGACCCUGGCUGAUCAGCUGUGUCUCACUGUCCCUCAUGCCUCUGAUCAACAUUUCUCACUCAGCUUUCUGCACUUUUUUUUUUCCCUGUCGUGGUCCUCAGGAACAUCAAGCAGUGCUGCAGAAGGAAACGAGUCAGUGCACGUCUGUGUUUGUGUGUGAAAGGUUUUUUUUUUUUUUGGUUGUUUGUUUCAUUGCACAGGCGGCAGCUCUCAGUUUGUGCAGAGUGUGUAGGGGAGGUCUGUGAGGUGUGCUGUGUGUGCGAGACACACACACUGAUGUCCUCUUGUCCACUGAAGGCUAGCUGUAUACAUCAAGCAUUUCAAGAAAAUGAGAUCAAAGCAGUGCUGCAAAUGGAAAAUCAUUAUUAAUAAAAACU